AUGCGGUCUAUUCGCACCCUUUCUGUUGUUGGAUGCCACGCCGAGGGCGAAGUAGGCGACGUCAUUAUCGGCGGAGUUCUCGAUGUCCCCGGCAAAACAAUGUACGACAAAUUAGUCCACUUCCGAGACAAUGACGAUCAAAUCCGCCAGCUCGUUCUCAACGAACCUCGUGGGAGGGCCUCGAUGAACACAAACCUGGUGCUUCCACCCUGCAACCCCCUCGCAGAUGCCGGUUUCCUGAUCAUGGAGAGCGAGGAAUACGCGCCCAUGUCUGGUUCCAACACCAUCUGUACUACAACUGUGUUGUUGGAAUGUGGCAUAAUUCCGAUGAAGGAGCCGAUUACCAGAAUCAACCUUGAUACCGCCGCUGGCCUUGUUGGAGUUACUGCGGAGUGCCAGGGAGGCAAAUGCAAAACUGUUGCCUUUGACAAUGUCGCAUCCUUUGUUGCUGGUCUUGAUAUACCAAUCGAAGUUCCUGGAUUGGGCACGGUGUCUGUUGAUGUAGCCUGGGGCGGCAUGUGGUAUGUCCUCGUGGACGCUGCUUCAAUUGGGCUUAAGGUUGAGAAUCAACAUGGCCCCCAGCUUGUUGAGGUCGGGCAACGGGUUAAGAGGGCGGUGCAGGCCCAGUAUACCCCAGUGCAUCCAGAGAACCCGAGUAUCCGCGGUGUUACUGUGCUGUGUAUCACCGAGCCACUUGAAGAUGGGCCUGGAUAUAAGACCGCCAAAAAUACUGUUGUGGUGUCCCCGGGGCGCUUUGAUAGGAGCCCUUGUGGGACAGGAACGUGUGCCCGACUUGCCGUGCUGCAUGCGAGGAGUCAAAUCAAAGAAGGAGAAAUCUUUCGACACCGCAGCAUCAUCGGCACGGAAUUUGAGGCCCAUAUCCGUGGGACUACGAAGGUUGGAGAAUAUAAUGCGGUUCUCCCGACAGUCAAGGGCAGGGCUUGGAUUACAUCCUACAAGCAGAUCGUGUUGGACCCAGAAGACCCAUAUCCGAAUGGCUUCCGGGUUGGUGAUCAGUGGCAUGUAUCAGUUGACCCAUGA